AUCAGUGUCCCCGGGACCACUCACUACGUCAAAAGCCCCUCCACCUAUUUUCCAACGUCCUACACAUAACAAAUCAAUGAUCUCCAUGUCGAUCCGUCGAGUGUUCGAUUUUUUUGUUUGAGUGAUUUGAAGAUGUGAAUUAGUUCGAGAUUUCGGGUCAAAAUUUUAACGGCUAAUGACAAAAAUUGUCCAGUGAUUUUUUUAUUGCAAAAGUGGGACACAGAAUUGUUACUACUGUUGCACAAUGCCACCCAGUCGACUUGACGCUGUUUACAGGAGAAUUUUGUUGACAAAAUUUUUUACCAAAGGCUGGGGCAACCCUGAGAGUCUUCGGAGAAUAUUCGAAUUUAGAAAGGUCGUUGCAAAUCGUGAAGCAUGUUAUAAUCUUAUCCCUCGUGACUAUCCAAUAACCAUAACAAAGGAUGAAGAGUGGUCGGAUUGUCACAUAAUUGAAGGCUGUUUUGAGUCUCCAUUCGAGCAUCAUUUGCCCAACAUAAUGCCUGAGGAGACCAAGGAUUGUCAUUUUCAGCUGAUCCUGCCACACAAGUGGUCCUCCCACAAGACAAAACCUGUUUGCUUGCAUUUAGCAGGCACUGGAGAUCACUAUUUUUGGAGACGGAGAAAUUUAAUUGCAAAACCCCUUCUGAAAGAGUGGGGCAUCGGCUCGCUGCUGAUUGAAAAUCCGUUUUAUGGGGUGAGGAAACCUGAAAACCAAGUUCGUUCUAGCUUGCACAAUGUCUCGGAUAUUUUUAUCAUGGGCGGUUGUUUAAUGAUGGAGUGCAUUGUGUUGCUCAAUUGGUGUGAACAUCAGGGCUUUGGACCGAUGGGACUCACCGGCCUCUCGAUGGGUGGACAUAUGGCUUCGUUAGCAGCAACCAACUGGCCAAAACCAAUUCCAUUAAUUCCCUGUCUCUCCUGGUCAACUGCCUCGCCUGUUUUCACUAAGGGCGUCAUGGCCGAGUCUAUAAACUGGUCUUUGCUUCAAUCGCAAUAUUUUUCAGAUACGAUGUAUCAGAAUGAUCUCGCCAAAAUGGUCAAAAUUGUCGAUCAAGAUGAUGCAUUCUUGGCAGGACAGCAUUUCGCCCAACACUUUCCCGCAAGUAUAACCAGAAUAAGAGAACUAAAGAAUGAAAACGUGGAAGCGAAGGGAGCCAAGAAUAAUGGAAAAGAUAUAAUAAAUCGCAAUGAUUUUGAGGUAACGGAGCAAUCGGAUGCUGCGGAGAAGGCCGCUGCCAAGAUGUUCCCCCUGAAUCUUAUUUCAAGUCGCUUUGAACCCAGCGAUCCGCAGUCUUUGAAAGAAAAUCCGUUCAAUGACAUUACAGACGUAUGCCUGCUACCAGCAGAUAAAGAGGGUCAGGCCAACUCGACAGGGCGCGAACACGAGGCCCUUCAAUUUAUGCGUGGCAUUAUGGACGAAUGCACGCACCUCCGGAACUUCGAAGUUCCAGUCGACACGAAUAUGAUAAUUGCUGUUUGCGCCAAGGACGACGCCUACGUUCCACGUGACAAUUGCAUGAGCCUGGAGAAAAUCUGGCCAGGGGCAGAGAUAAGAUACAUCGAUGCCGGCCACGUCAGUGCCUAUUUGCUGCACCAAAAGGUCUUCAGAUCGACAAUAGCCGAAGCAUUCGAUCGUUACACAAGGAAAUAUUCAGUUACCAGUUGACGUCAAUUCUUAUCACCCAAUAGUGUUAAUUUAAUAAUGAAAUUCAACGAUUCUGCAUCACACCACAAUUAAGCAUGCUUGGCGAUGAGCUGAAGGAUUGCACGCUCAAAACAUUCUCUGAAGGUCGAUUAACCCAGGGAUAAAUCAAUAAUAUGAAAAAUAAUUUUGAAAGUGUAAAAAUCAAAUUGAAAAAAAUACGAAUCAUGUACAGAGAUGAAUAUUAUAGAGAUUUUAUGGAGAAAACAGCAAUUUUUGUAACAGUUUUAAUUGUUUUUGAUGAAUCUUAAUGUAUAAAGAAAUAAUAAAAUCACGAUAUUGUUGGAUUCAGGAAA